UUUUGCUAAUGAUAUACGGUAAGCGACAAUGUCUUGCUGGGAGUACCUAAAAUGGUAUAUUAAUUCUCCAACUAAUUGAUAAAUUGUCAUAUUUGCAUAGAAUAUUGUGGCAUAUUUUAAUAAGUCAACUUUCCGCACAAACUGUGAAGCAUGGUAAUUGUCUUAAGCAAAUGAAACGGGCCAUUUCACUUACAUUGAGAAAUAAUGCACCAAACUCUUCGUCUUGACUGCAUAAAAAUAAAAUUUAGUGGCUGAAGUAAUAUCGAGUUUUUUUUAAUUCCACAAAAAAAAAGAUUGGAUUUAUGAAAACGCCACUUGUUCAUUCGAUUUUAGGGUUGUUAGCUUUCAAUACUCUUCAAAGAUUUCUGAAAGAGUUAUAAAGUAAAUUUUAAGUAGGGAUGUUUUUACGGUGAGUAGCUGUUGUUCCGUCGAGUCAGCUGCGUUGUUAUGCAAAUGAAGUGUUCUGUAUCUAAUAGCUUGAAAAUCUUCCUGCACGCUUUGAUUGCCUAACACAAGACUUGUAUCUGAAAAUUUUACAUCACACAAAUUUACUAGUGUUGCAUUUUGAGAUCCCGCACGAUUCCAGUCACGAAUCCUCCUCUGAAACAAACAAAAAAACAUGAGACUGAUAUCGAUUUAUGUAUGAAGAUAACCAGUAUUACUUAGGCUCAUUUCAAGGCAAUUUCAAAGCGAGUAUCUAGAUGUGUAAAAUCGCAAUUAGAAGCAGAAAUAAUUGUUAAUAACCAAAUGUCAGUUUCGAUAUAUAUAUGUAGUUAUGAUGUUUUGUGGUUAAAUGAAAUAAAAUAUUCACCCUAAAGUCAAGCUCGAUCACUUUGAAUUGGAAAUUACUUUUUCAUCAGAUGGUUUAACCUAUAUGAAACCCCAAAAAAAAGAAACAAAAAAAAAGGUGGAAAGGUUUCUAAAUGGUAGUUAUUUAAAGAAUCUUAUUUCGUGCGGAAGGUUGGUCGGCCACAAUCAUUUAGGUACACAGGUCAACGCGUGAUAAAAUAUCCCGGUAGCGUGGGCCGUGAUGCGGGGAAAUUUUUACGACCGGAGUGUUUUCAGAGACGGGUCCAAAUUCGAGGACUUAAUGACAAAUGUGAACCAGCGGUGACUUAUUUCGGAACCUCCUGGUGUUAUCCUAUCCAGCCUGACAGAGCGUAUCGACCUAAUUAAACCGACGUUCGCUGAUCAGCACAAUCCAGUUUUCAGAGGUCGGUUAAUCGAGAGGUCAAUAACAGCGCUAUCAAUAUUCAGCGCUAGAUUGUUCUUCAGAGUUAUUUUCGCGACGACUAGGUGUCAACAGAACAUCUCAAAAUGAACUCUACAGCCACAUUCAAUUCUACAGCUGCAUUCAAUUCUACAGCCAACGAUUCAGUCGCCCAGAGUGUUUAUCCUUACAUCGCUGAGCCAUCGCUCUCAAGUUUUUUCCGUCUUUUUGUAUUGGUGCUUAUCACGCUGGCGAGUGUUGUAGGAAACGCUGUGGUCUGCAGAGCCAUGUUCUUGUUGUCUCACCAUCAACUGCCUUUCUCUUACUAUCUGGUCACCAAUCUGGCUGCCGCGGAAAUGAUCAGUUCGCUGUGUUUUCCAUUCUACUUUGUCUACGAUUGGAUGGAAGCGUGGCCUUUCGGUGAAGCUGCAUGCAAGCUUGUGUUUCCGGUGCAAAUGACGGCCACGUUAGUGGUGACUUACACUCUGGCUUUGAUCGCAGCACGAAGGUACCGAGUAAUUGGGACAUAUCGCGGUCAAUUAGGGCCACUGCCAAAGAGAAAAGUAUUUUUAGUGUUGAGUCUGCUGUGGAGCGCAGCCUUGACAGUUGUCGCACCAUCUGCUGUCGUGCAUAGUGUUACUAAGUAUGGAACAAGUCACUUUUGUGUAGCUUUGUUCCCAGGCGAUACAACUAUCCAUGCACCAACGCACAGCCGUUACUCGAUUGUUCGUCUCUUUCUAAGCUAUAUUGUUCCAUAUCUCAUAAUCGUCAUAUCGUACGGUGCUGUUGCUCUGAGACUGAAGAGACACAUGGCUAGGGCUGCUGCCGCGCGCAAAAGUGAUUCCACAGAGGACGGAACACAGCUACAAACAGAUGAACAGGUGUGUAUCCAUCUUCAAAGACUGGAAAUUGUUCAUAAAUCGUCGCAAAAGAACGGAUCCGAGGGAAACGCGAAAUAUCUAAUCGCGAAAAUUACGAAUGGAUGCUGUUGGAGACAAGGUUCCUUGGAUGAUCGCUCUUCUCGAGGCCAAACAUCGAAGAGAGCGAAACAUUCGCAACAUACAGAUGCAAACGUGACAGAUCUAGAGCUGGAUAUCCUAAGAAUGAUAUACGUGAUCAUUAUUAGUUUUAUCAUUUGCUACAUUCCGAUCCAAGUUUCGUUUAUCUACGAGCAAGUAAACGGCAGGCCAUCAACUUGGCCUUAUUACUCAAUCGUCAGGAGAUACAUGUUUUUAUUGUAUUGUCUUCCAGGCGCCUUCCAUCCCAUUUUGUACGGCACCAUGAGCAAGUUUUAUGCGAAUGCGUUUGCAAAACUAGUGAUGUGUAAGAAAUAGUUGACUUGCGAUUGUUAAAGCA